AUGGCUGCGCUCGGCCGCUUUGUGGCUUGCUGGGGCAACGGUCAGCACGGUCGCCUCGGCCACGCAACUCGUGACGCCAGUGAGGUGUUCCCAAGGAUCGUGGCGGCCUUGGCUGGGGAGCGAGUAGCGGCGGUGGCCUGCGGAGGGGCGCACACUGCCGUUGUGACAG